UCCGGGUGCUGCGACAGACUGGUCCCCAGCAUGGACAUGUUAACGUUUGAGAGGGAGAACCGGGAGCGUAUCCAGGCAGUGGAGAAUUCCUUUGGUCCGGCAGGGAUGCCCCUAUGCAUCCCGUGUCGGGUUUUGAUGGGACAGGGUCGUCUGAUGAAACAGGGGCGUCGGAAGCCCGAGCCUAAGGAUUUCUUCCUCUUCAACGACGUGCUGGUGUACGGCAGCAUCGUCCUCAACGGCCGCUGGCACAGAAAGCAGAGAAUCGUCUCUCUGGAGGACAUCCAGUUAGAGGACAUGGAGGAUGGUGUGGGAAUGAAAAACCAAUGGCUGAUGCGUACACCACGCAAGUCCUUUUAUGUGUCCGCCCCUACAAUCGAGGAGAAGCGUGCCUGGAUGGAGCACAUCCAGAACUGCCAGUCAAACCUGCUGCAAGACGGCAGCAGCCAAUCAGGUGCCACCUUUGCUGUUACCUGGAUCCCUGACAAGGCUGCCUAUAAAUGCAUGCGCUGCUUAAAUAAGUUCACUACGACCAAUCGUCGACAUCACUGCCGAAAAUGUGGUUUUUUGGUCUGCAAAGCAUGCUCCAAGCAUCGAGUCGUGAUAGACCAUAUUCACCCCACAAAGAGGCUGAGGGUCUGCAGUCUCUGCUACAUUAGGAGUAAGAAAGAUGAGAAUCCUCGUGUGAGGGAAGACAGCUGGACAAACCUUAACAGUAGCUCAGAGGAGGACAAUGAGGCAGCAUCCAACGAAGAGAAGGAGGACAAGGAGACAAAUCCAAGCUACGCUUCUAGUAGCUGGCUGGACACCCGGAUGGGCACCUACGUUUACCCGAGGCCAAUGCAUGAGCGGCCCCAGUGAAACAUAACCACAACAAUACUGCCACCGUCUAGUCUCACAUUGCCAGACCUACUGUGUCUCCACAGUGAUGGAGAAGGGUCUGGCUGCACUGCCUAUCUAUUCAGAUAGGGGAGGGGAACUCUGGCUUGUUUUUAGUACUUUUUAACCAAUCACAAUCCCUGAUAGCAAGAGGGGAGGGAUAUCCGGAGUGUGAAAGACGCAUCAGUCAGCGCUGGUGUAAAAUCUUAAAUUCUGUGACUAAAACUCAGUAACAUCAUUAGAGACUGUCUUAAGAUAUGAGAUGGUGUCAGACUGAAGUCUUUUCAAUGUUGUGUCAGAGUCUUCUAGUGUAUGGUAGGCAUUACUCGCUACUGACUUUUUUUUCUUAAAAAGCAACUAGCAACAAAUUAUGUGACUUUAGACCAUCAGGAAAAAGUAAGAUAUAUUAUAGUGUAUAUUUCAACUUUCAAUUAAAAUGUUUUUUUUAAUAGUAUGAAAUAAUAACAAGAGUUAUCUCAAGACACUUUACAGAUCUCUACAGGUCUAGACCACACUGUAUAAUUUAGAAAGACCCAACAAUUUCCCACGAGCUAGCAUUUGGUGCAACAGUGGCGAGGGAAAACGUCCUUCAGGCAGAAACUUAGACGACCCAGGCUCUUUGUGGGCGGCAUCUGUCACUGCCGGUUUGGACACAGACAGUAACACAGAUGUAGAGAAAUAUGAUUCAUAAUAAUUAUAGCAGUUGGAGUUAUGAACAGUGGCACUUAUAUUAUAUUGUAAUUCAUUCCCAUGCAUGCAGUUCAGAGUAAUUAGAGUCCACGGCUCUUCUGCCAAAAGCACAGGGUCUCUCUCACUCCUCCGGUGUGAGCAACAGGCAGUCGGCUACUUUCAUUGGAAAAGAGUUGGCAACACUGGACUACUCAGAUGUAACUGAUGUUUACCAUCAUUUAGCAUUGUAUUAAACAUUGUAUUUAUCAAUGAACUGAGUAUUGUAUUUGCAUCUGCCACCAUGUGCUUUUUACACUGAAGACUUAAACACUUGAAGUCAAAAAGCACCUUUGUCUUCUCCAAGUGUUGCUGUUAUUUGAUGUCAGGGGAUGUUGAGAAUAGCAUAUUUAGGGCCUUGGUAAAUCAGUGUUUACAUAU